AUGCAUUCAAAAAUCUCCGAAGAAGAAAAGAUUGAACAAAUCCAAACUCUGACAUCUUCAAAAGAUAUCCAAAGCCAGCAAAUCAAUUCUACUAGAAGUCGUAUCAAGGUUCAAAUGCAAGGUGUAGCUAUAGGAAGAGCUGUGGAUUUAACUGUUCUUGAUGGAUAUGACCAGUUAAUCGAUGAACUAGAAAAAAGUUUUGAUCUCAAAGACGAGCUGCGUAUGGACAAUCAAUGGGAAAUAGUUUUUGCAGAUGAUGAAGGAGAUAUGAUGCUUGUUGGAGAUGAUCCAUGGAUCGAGUUUUGUAAUAUUGUGAAGAAAAUAUUCAUACUCUCAAAAAACGAAGUCAAGAUAAUGGGAUGCAAGAACAAAUUCUCUGAAGGUGGAUCAACAUUGACAACAACAACUUUAACAUGUCUUGACUUAUCACCAAACAUCAAAAUAAAUCACAACUUCUUAAAUUAA